AGUAUUAAUUCUUUAAUGGAGGCCGCUUUCCCCUCUUGGGACAAAAUGUAUCCUAAGUUCAACAGAGGAUCCAACCGAUGUGAAACGUUCAAAACCAUUUUCGGGAUCACUUAUGAGCAAAUGCAAGAGAAAAAUAUAACGAGUUUUUACGAAUCACUCAGUAUAGAUUUAAUCACUAAGAAUGGAAAUAUAAAAUACAAUAUGACUGCUUCCAACCACUUGACUAAGUUAUUAGCAAACGCAAAUGAAAUAAUGGUUCUUAUACACGGAUUUCUGGAAAGUUCCGAGGGAGUGAUGGUUCAAGGAAUAGCUCCGGAGCUUCUUAAGAAAACGGGAUAUACAAUUUUAGCGCUCGAUGGAAGAAAAGUAAUUAAUCUAGAAUAUUUUCGAUCUUCGACUUACGCUAGAUUUAUGGGUGAAAAACUUGGAAACUUUUUGGGAGACAUUAUAAAAGGUGGUCAAGAUCCAUCAAAAAUCACCUUAAUUGGUCACAGUUUAGGUGCCCACAUCGCUGGUAUUGCAGGGCAAAAGGUACAAGAGGUCACAAAAAAAUCGAUAGCCCGUAUUGUAGCGCUAGACCCCGCUGGUCCUUGUUUUGGAAACGUGAGUGCAACGAACAGAUUGGACAAAUCCGAUGCAGAAUAUGUGGAUGUACUUCAUACCAAUGCUGGAAUUCUGGGUCUAUUAGAGCCAGUAGGUCAUAAAGAUUUUUACGCCAAUGGUGGAAGAUCACAACCAGGGUGUCUGCUAUCUACUUGUGACCAUACUCGAGCGUGGCAGCUUUUUGCUGAAUCUCUCACUAUGCCUGAUAAUUUUCCAGCUCGUAAGUGUGAAAACUGGACAAAAUUCAAAGAUGGAUUAUGUGCCAAAAACGAGGUCGCAUUUACGGGGAUUAAUUCUAAACCUGGGAAGCCAGGACUUUAUUUCUUUAAUACAAAAUCCUCGUCACCUUACGGAUUAGGUUCAGCUGGCAGCGGAUAA